UUGUAUGGUAUCCAUUGCUGCCCAUCUCAAAACUCAGAUAUCCUGCAAACAAAACCAAGAUUAAAUAACACCACAGAUACAUUACAACAGUGAGUGUGCUAGCUACAAAACGACAUAGAAAAAACUCAAAACAACCAAGAAAAAAAGAAGCAAAACGACAUAUUAAUUUGUUAAAAAAAACAUUGACAAUUAAUGGGAGUAUUGGGAAAGUUUUCGGCAAUUAAUUGAAAUAAUUAUUCAGCAAAAACGUUACACAAAUACAUAAUAUCAAUCAAAGAAAACAUACAUUUUUGCUCUGGUUUCAAGUAACCGGCCCCGACGCACGAACCCGGAAUUUGUGAGGAAGAGUCACAGAAAAACGCUCGAUUCCACCGUUCCCACACGUUUUCGAGGCAAUUCCGGCUGCUUCCACCGAAUUACGAUUCCGGCGAGUUGGAUCGCGAUUCUUUCUACUUUGGCUGAAACCUUUUUUGGUUUUUGAGGAUAUCUGAGUUGAGAUUGGCAGCAAUGGGUACUAUACAACAAAAUGUGUUACCAUACUCCUUGCUUAACCAACAGCUGUUCUCAAUGGACGAGGAGCUUUGGUUUAUGGCCGAAGAGAGGGCCCAGGAAGUACUAUGUACAAUUCAACCCAAUGUUGUUUCUGAGGUGAACAGAAAGCGGAUUAUUGAUUUUGUUCAGAGGCUGAUUGGAGGUUACUAUGGGGGAGAGGUAUUCGUGUUUGGAUCAGUCCCACUAAAAACCUAUCUUCCAGAUGGAGAUAUUGACUUGACAGUUCUCAGUCAUGAAAGUGUCGAGGAUGAUUUGGUUCAAGCUGUAUGCAAUCUACUUGAAACUGGAGAGGACCAUGAGUACCAAGUAAAAGACAUACAACAAAUACGUGCGCAGGUAAGGGUUGUCAAAUGCACAGUGAAAAAUAUUGCAGUUGACAUCUCCUUUAAUCAGAUGGCUGGACUCUAUGCUCUGCGCUUUCUGGAGCAGGUUGACCAACUUGUCGGGAAAAACCAUGUCUUCAAACAAAGUAUAAUCUUAGUCAAAGCCUGGUGCUAUUAUGAGAGCCGAAUUCUUGGUGCACACCAUGGCCUGCUCUCAACAUAUGCAGUUGAAAUAUUGGUUUUAUAUAUUAUCAACUGUUUUCAUUCAUCAGUGCGCGGUCCUCUAGAGGUGCUGUACAGAUUUUUGGACUACUACAGCACAUUUGACUGGGAGAAGAAUUAUGUCACCAUAUAUGGUCCACAAGCCUUAUCCUCCCUACCAGAAAUUGUUGAGAAACCAGAAUGUGAUGGAGGUGAGUUCUUGCUCAGUAAAGAGCUUCUGAAAAAUUACAGGGAUAUGUGCUUUGUUCCAAAGGCAUCCGAGACUUCGCCUCGUGAAUUUUCCAUCAAGUACAUUAACAUCUUGGAUCCUCUAAAAAAUGACAACAACCUAGGCCGCAGUGUCAACAAAGGCAAUUUACAUCGAAUUGGAUUCGCUCUUAGGUUUGGUGCUCGAAAGCUUAAGGAGAUCCUUAAGCUUCCAGGACAAAGAAUGGGUGGAGCACUUGAGGUGUUUUUCAUGAACACCUUGAAUAGAAAUGGGAAAGGACAAAGGCCAGAUAUUGAUGUUCCUAUUCCUGCAUUUGGUACUGGAAAAUCUGAAGAUCCUGUCCUCGUUGGAGACUGUGACAGUUACUAUGGUGGCUUAAAAUACGUUCAGUUGUAUCGUAACUAUGCCAUGCCGGUCGUUGCACAGCCCAGUCCCCCAUCACCACAAUUUGAUGCUGAUAUGCUUGCACCACAAUUUGAUGCUGAUAUGCUUGCACCACAACAAAGCUGGUAUAUGUAUUAUCAUAGAGGUGCUGAUUUAUAUGUGCCGAGUCAGACAUUCUUUCAUCCGAAUGUUCCUCCACAACCAACUUAUGGCCUUGAAGAAAUAGGGAAAUCGCGAGGAACAGGCACUUACAUACCUGACAUGACUCUUACUACCUACUGGAACACCCGUGCAAGAGGGUCCAUGCCAAGGAGAUCCAGCCGUGCGAAUAAUAAUAAUAACAAUAACAACAACAACAACAACAACAACAAUAAUAAUGAUGAUAAUAAUGCUUCAUCCAAGAGAAAACAAAUAGAAGAGGUUCCUCCUGAGACUGACAUGAAUGAUAAGAAUUCCAAGUCCUUUGAGCUCUCAAAGGAAGAUUUUCCUGUUCUUUCAAGCAUUGGCAACAGCAGUUUGUCAGCAUCUCAUCAAUCUGAGCAGGACCAGAAUUCUUCAUCGCCUCAAAUAUAUAUCGAGUUUGGAACUUACAGUGUCUCAAAAUCCCUGAAAGAACUGAGUUUGGGAACAAAGGAUCAGAAAAAGGAUUCUGGUGUUUCAUCCUCUAAGACAUUGGGAACAAAGGAUCGGAAAAAGGAUUCCGGUGGUUCAUCCUCUAAAGGCGCUACUACACCAGUUGUUCCAAGUCGGGCAGUGCAGGCAAAGGAGAAGUGUUCUCGGAUGGAGAAGAAGAUGGGUUGACAGUAUCUAACUUAUAGUCAUUUUGUAAGAUAUCGAGGAUAACAUCGAGUGUUGUGCUUUUUACUGCAGGUUCUUCUCUGACUAUACCAACUUGAAGAUAAUAGUCAGCUCCUCCUUUCUUUUUUUUUUCUUUUCUUUUUUUUAUGUAGAUUUAGGGAGAAACUAUAGUCGGUUGCUACUGAUUGAUAUAGACUUUGUGGGAUUAAGUCUUGGUAAGGAUGUUUACAAGUUUUGUUCUGCCUUUAGACUCCAUACCCCUUGCUCUCCUCUUUCUGUAGGAAGAGUUUAUCACUUCUGUUGGAACAGUAUCAUAUCCUUUCUGCUUCUAAAGUCCGGUGAUGUUGUUGUACAUUGGUUUCUUUUUUAAAUGACUCUAGUUUUAAUCUAUGUGGUACAAUAAUGUGGAUAUUUCACUUUCAGACCUCUAUGCAUAUUUAUCUUUGACAA